CCAGUUGGUGAUUUAAAUGCCAUUUCAAAUGAAUUAUUCGAAUGAUUUCACCAAAAGGUUAGGGUAGGCCUAGCAUUAACAUGAGUAGUAUUGGGUUUUGUGAGGCUUCCUUGGCACUGCCUUAUGAUCAUUGUUUUUCUACACGAGAGGGUAUGAUUCUUCAUCAUCUAAUCAUCUGAUCAUAUACCGGUGGAUAUUUCAUUGAAAGGGUUCAGGAGGAUAAUUUAGAUGACACUGGCAUUUCGCUGCUGAUAGCCCUCUGCCUUCUUCAUGUAAUUCGUGUGAUCACUUUUAUUGGAGGAUGAAGGAAUACUUUGGUACGGGACGUUUCAACGUCGGAGUUAAAUGAAAUUUGAUGUUGUGAUCUACUUAAAGAAGUACCCAAUAUGCAGCCUACACUCUGACAGUCAGAAUGAGUGACAAGAAUCGAUCACCGUCCGAAUAAGUCGAGUGAGAAACAUCUAUCAAUCAGUUUCGGUGCAGCUUUGGGAUGACGUCUACUGGCAUCGCCAACGUGACCUCUAUUGGGCCCGAGCGGUUCGGGGAGCGCGAGAGUCUGGAUAACUGGGGUCAAGGACGAGGGAAGAGGCCGCCGAGGAAGACCAGCGUCCCUAAUGCGAGAGACAAUAAGAAACGAUACGGGGUCCGGAAGGCGAGUAUCGCCAGCGAGGGAGCAAUGAAUACAAAAUCCCCGGACAUUUUCAAAAUUGAGUCAAAUAUAAUGCGAACUCCGCCCAAAAAUGGCCGCCGGGCGGUCCAACCCGUGGAAUAUACAAUAGAACAAUCUCUACAAAGAAUCCCAACGAAAGAGGGUUUGAAUAAACGGACUGCCUCUUUGUACCUCAGUAGAGCUACCACGAAAAUCACCAUCAAAGAUGCAAACUCGCCAAGUCCUGAACUCACUCCGAGGACGACAGCAUCGAGGAGGGAAUCCAUCAAUCAGUCCCGGUUCUCCAUGGUGUCACGUGUUGCAGACUCCAGGACCAGUGUGACGACAAGCGGUCCAGUCGCCAAUAAUCUAUUGACAUUGCAUCGAGAGUAUACGAGAGAGUUCACUUUCACCGGAUAUGACAUCAUGAAAGAUGUCGCAAAGAAGACAACAGUUGAUAACAAAGAAGAGUUGAAUCGUCUGCAGAAGACACAAGUGUACGAGGGUACGUGCAAGAAGCUUGGCAUCACUCCCGCCACUUACGUCACGCGCAAUCUCUCGUCACGUGACAUCAUCAUGAAGAGCCAUGAGCUCGGUCCACUUGGUGCUAGGGCGGUAGCCAUUGCGCUCGUGAAUAAUGACAAGGUCGAACGUCUCGAUGUAUCCGACAACCAUAUUGGAAACGACGGGGUCAAGGCCAUAUCUGACAUGUGUCAUGGUAACAGCGUCCUGACACAUAUUUGUCUUGGCUGGAACCAGAUGACGACAGACGGAGUCAGGGCCAUAUGCUCAUCAUUGAAGGAGAAUCAGAACAUCAAAAAGCUAGACCUUUCAGGCAACCAUCUCAAGGACCAAGAUGCAAGAUAUGUUGCAGAUCUUGUAGAAAACAACGUUUCUCUUAGGGAAUUGAUCCUUAGUCACAAUGAUUUCCGAGAGAUGGGCGGGGAGUUGUUAUCCAAGGCAUUAGGCUACAAUGACACGAUAGAGCAUUUAGAUUUGAGCUGGAAUCAUCUCAGAGGGAAAGGUGCUGUUUCUAUUGGAAAGUGUCUCCAACAAAAUCUUGGGCUUAAAAAGCUGAAUUUGUCUUGGAAUGGUUUUGGCGAGGAUGGAGGCAAGGCCUUAGGGGCGUCUCUCUUGAAAAAUAAGACCAUGUUAGAACUAGACCUGACCAACAAUCGAAUCACCCCAGGCGGCAUCAAAGCGAUCAUGAAUGGAGUGCUCAAGAACGACACGCUCAAGAUAUUGCAUCUGGGACGGAACCCGAUCACGCCUGAGGUAGCCAAGAACAUCCUAAACUACCUGCAGAAGAUAACAGACCGGUGUGGUCUGGAGGAAAUCCUGAUGGACGACAUCACUGUCGACGUUGAGUUCGUUCAAAUGCUUGCGGAGAUCCGUGAAAGACGAUACAUUAAAGUGUCUCAUGGACCAAUCAUUAAGCUCUCCACCGAUCACGUGGCUGCCAUCAGUGAUGUGUUCAUGGACCGGGACCCUGUCAAGACGUUGUUUGACUUCAUGGCGGCUGAGGGCCUGAGGGUGGUGGAUCUGUUCAACAGACUGGAUGAGGACAAGAGUAUGAGUGUCAGCAAGAAGGAGUUCAGGGACGGCAUGGUGAAAAUCAAGGUUCCUCUAACCUUGCUACAGUUGGACAUCCUAAUGGACAAGCUGGAUAAAGAUAACGACGGAGAAGUGGACCUAAGAUCUUUACUCGUCCUGCUCGAGGGAGGUAAGCGGUUGUUAGUCCUUACUCUGUUUCUUGUAUUUGGUUUAUUUCUGCAUAUCUUGGUGUACAUUUUAUAACAAAAACUGAAGGAUGCACGUCUUGGAGUGGUGUUUCCCUAGCAUCAACAACUAUGGGACCAAUUCUGCUUAUUCUAGUUUUAUGUAUUCUUGCAAGCUCUAUUGCCAAUGACUUCUUUAGGUUUAGGUGUUUAUUGUCUUUUUUCCUAGUGUCAACAUCAAUAUUUCAGAUAUGCUUUAUCUUUCGCGAUAUUCUUUGCCGAAAGCAGGAUCCGUUCUCUAUCGUUAGUUACAUUAUCUCUAGAGAAAGUGUCCACCAUAGUCAACCUAGUAUUCGUAUUCCUUGAAGGAGAAGAGUUGAUUUGUAAUAAGUACACGACGUAAGCUCUGUAGAGAAGUCAACUCUUUUCUAGUCGUUUCUGCGUGCUUGUUAUUAGUAAGUAAUUUGCUGUAGUUUCUAAUCGCUUUUUCCCGCAGUGCACAUUUAUUUGCGCUUGUAGUUUUCGCACAUGGUUUUUUUGUAUUUUCUGUGUUUUUAGAUAUUGCAUAAAACUCUCUGGUAUAAUUCUUGGAAGUUGCAGCUGGAAAUAAUCGCAAAUUGCUUAGCCUCUGUCAGUUUCCCUAACUUAAAUAUGGACUGGUGUCCAGGGGGACAUUUUGAAGUCGAAUACGUCCUACCACGAGGUUGCUGUCAAAGAAUUUACUGUAAAGAACUCAUGUAGAUUUGCAAUACAAGUAUUAACAUAUCGUGAUGGCAUAUUUCAUCAAUCACCCUUUGUAUCGAAAACUCCUUGUUCUUCAACGUUCGGAGUAUCGAGAACACUGUUUCAUGUUUAUAGCUCACUAAAUGCAUACUCGCUGAUUGCCGGAUUACCAUAAUUCAAACACUGACUGACGAAAAGAGAGCAUUUCAUCACUUUAUUGUUGCCAUCAGCUUCAUUAGCCAGCUGAUGCAGGUCUUUAACGUCCUCUUAAGUAAAGGUGGCAAUUUCCUCUGGAACACAUCAUCUUAUUAUCAUUAUCAUUAACCAGCGACUCUGACUCUAAUGGCCGCGGAAAAAACGUGCGAUUUCCCUGAGUAAUUGGGUGAAGGAAAUCCAUGAUAACAUGAAUAAGGUGUCAAAGUCACUAGCUGUAAAUGACAGUCCCAUCCAAUCAACUGGCAAUGUGUCACGGGUGUGCAUCGUUUGGUGUCAAGGUCAUAUAGCGACCGGUUAUGAGAGGGGCCCGCCUUCUUUACAGCAAGUUGAUCAUCCUGAGAUUCAGGGUUUAUUCGCUCCUACUUCAUCUACAAGUUAUCUGGAGGAGGAGUUAAUGGGCUGGUGAUGGCCCUUGGUAAGAGCUCUUUAGUAGGUGAUAACCAAAGUGUACUUUGGAAUAAUCUUAAUGAAAUUAACUCUUCGCAGCGUCGUGCAUUCGUCGUGGCUCGUAAUGGCUCAGAAUGACCUUGCCAAUAUGCAUGUACAUGUAGUUAAAUGUACGUAUAUCGUUUCAUUCUCAUCAUUUCCAGUGAGCUUAUCGAAGGUGAAAGAAGAGAGAAGCGACUCCAGCUAGCCCAGCGCGAGAGGCGCCACGCUAGAGGAGAGGAGUCCCCGCCGCCUACUCCGUACCCAUGGAGCGAUCGGGCACAUUCAGCAAGGCUGGGCGUGUAUCGAGGCGAAUCGGGACCACGGAGACCGAAUUCUGCCCGUCCAAGCAUAAGUCUCCUGGCACCGAUUCAACUUAACGAGAGGCCAAAGACCAGCCAUGCUACAUUGAGAGUGCCUUUUAGAUAGCGACACUGUGAAGUGACUUUCAACUCCGUUUCGGUUAUAGGGUUGCGAUACGAAUACAUAUAUAGGUCUGGAUAUUUGCUUCAUACUUUAAAAUCCACGACAUUGUGAUGUUUGGAUGGUGGCAAUGGGGGAGAAGGUCAACUGAAAACGCUAUUUGAAGGAGAUGGUCGGAAGCCAUUUUUCACGACCGCAUGUUAUGUACGGGGCCAUCUCCAGGUCUGGUGUGAAUUUAAUAGAGUCUGACGUGGAGAAGAAUUCAGUGUGAAGCAUGGAAGUUUGCUAACCUCAUACGUUUCCUCAUUGUUGCCUCUGCCUGAUCCCUCGAAAUGGAAAAAACUGCAUGAGACGCCCCUUGUACUAGCGUCUACGCGUCUGCAGUCGUCUGGAGAGUGCUUAGAGUUUGAUGGAAAUACGUGAAACAGUAGUUCAUUAAACCUCACCUCACAGUGAUAUAGCUGAAUACAAUGUUUAUUUACUAAAAGAAGUUUUGUAAGAAAUGUACAUAACGGAUGCGAAAGUAAACAAAAAGAAAAUAAUGAAGAUCAUGCUGGAUAAUAAAUGAUUUUUGUAUCUA